CUAAAAGGUAAAUACUUGAAGAAUCACUCAAAAAAUCUAUGAAAUUAAAUGAGUAUUUUGAUUUUCUUUUCAUAAUGGAAAAAAUCGCAACUGGUUAUCAAAUAAAGCUUUACUAAUUUGUGCAUUUAUGACAUGCCUUGGUAUGACUUUCCUGAUUUUGGCUUGCGCCGUGCCUCAACCAAAAAUAUUCUAUCCCUUCUUUGUCCUACUAUUUUACAUUUUAUCCGUCUUACCGAUGCUGCUGGCCAAACGGCUUAGUCCAGGCUCCGAGACAAAUCCAAGAACAGAGUUUGCCCUAUUUUUAACAGCCGGCAUGGUAUUAAGUGCUUUUGCUUUGCCCAUAGUAUUGGCUCACAGUGGAGUGAUUACUUGGCUGGCAUGUACAUUUACACUAAUCAGUAAUAUUAUCAAUUAUUUGACUAUCUUUGGAUAUGCCAUGAAAGAGAAUGAAUUGGAUGCUCCGUAUGGUGGCAUGUUCUAAAUCUAGCAAGUGGUGGUGCGCAUAUGCUAUUGUGAUUAGUUCAUGUUGCUAGGAGUUGGAGCCGUCGCAUCAUGUUGUAAUUCAGUAGUAAAUUUAUACAAAAUUAUAUAUAUAUACAAUACAUCAUCUAGUAGCAACGAGUAGUUCUCAAAAAAAAAAUUGGUUCAUUAUAAAGUUGAAUGCGAAUUAUGAAGAUUUUAUAAAAAUAAAUAGGCAUCUGAAACGAAAACAAAACACACUCAAUCUAAAACACAUAAAUUCUUAAUCUCAUAGGUGUAAAAAAAAAUACAAAACUAACAAUAAAACAAGUUAUAAUAUAAAAAAA